CUUGGGUUAAUCCAGCCUUGGGGACAUUCCAGCAUUGAGGAGCUUCUAGCUACCGACAGCCCAUGACAUCCUCGAUUGGCCGGCAUACUUGUACCUGGCACCCCGGUCCAAGUGUUCAAGAUGGGAUAAUCCACUCACCUUUGGCCCUGCCAUCGUCUCCUGAACUGAAGAAGGAAUCCUUUGCACGGUCAAGUCCGACAAGCCCUUCCACACCGAAGUGGUUGUCAACGAAGGCGCGCCACUGGUUUCAAUCUGUUCGGGAACAUGGAUUCAUUCAUUCCCGAGUAAUCGCGGAGCACUGUUCUGCACGACAUCUCAAGCGUUCAUCUCAAGAUUGACAGAUUGCUUGGGACGAAAUCUGGGGUCUUUGGCAUCUCGGGAACAUUCACAGUGUUUCAUCGCGACCAAC